AUGGCGACAGUGCUCACUGCGUCGUUGUCAUCAAACAGAUCCGGCAAUGGCGGCAUCUCUGUAGCAAUCAUGACGUCUUUCAGUGGCAAAGGUGUGUGUAGCUUCCAGCUGCCUGGUGGAACGUUGGGAGAUCUCCAGAAAGUCCUUUGUGAUCCGCGGGGACCAAUGUUCUGGUAUUAUCCUUGGUCUCGCCUCCUUUUCUACACAGAAGACGAGCCAUUGAGGCCAUUGGACAUGAACCUGCAGCUGGAUGCUUUUGACUCGCUUGUGAUCAAGCGUGGCGAUAUGGAAGCAUGUCUUGAGAGGUAUCCACACAUUGGCAAAUUCCUGGAUGCUAUGCGCGGCAAUAAAUUUGACCCGGGGACAGCACAUCUUGAGGGGACAUGGACAGCAAGAUCAGCACCUGCAGUUCCUGCUGAUGAAGCUGAAGCCAUGGUUCAUGAAGUUCUGAGUGGAUGGCCCAUCCAUGCAGACAGUGAACUCCAUUUUGUUCAGAUCUUUGGGGAGCUGACUGCUUUGGGCGAGACAUGGAAUAUGCUCCACUUAGGACUGCUACAAAAUUAUGAUGGGCUCAGGAGGUUCAAGCACUGUGUUUCCAAUCAUUGGCUGGAGGUUGCUCGUUUUGCAGCCACUUCGGUGAUUACAGAAGCACCACCCAUCCUGCUCCUCAAGAGAGGGAACAGUGACCUCAGUGGUUGCGUGAUUGGUUGUGCUGUCAUUGGCGAUGCCUUUCCGGACAACUUUGAUGCCGAAUUGACACAGUGUGGGUAUUUGGAUGUGUCUCCAAAUGUUCAUUGGAGAAACGUGUCACAUGUUUUGGUGUCACUGGACUGGAACCCACAAGAAGGCUUGGCAACCUUGGAACAUCUCCUGACCAAGAUUAAACAGGAGCCGUGUGAGUUUGCGGCGCUCGCACACCCUGAGGUCUCUAAGAUGGUCCACGUGCAGCUGCGCUUAUCAUUUUGCGGAGUUGCAGAAGUCAAAGGGCCUAUCAAUGAGACAUGCGUCAAGAUACUCGCGGAGCUGCUUGGCUACAAGCUGAAGACCGUGAAGUUUCAGAGUGUACAAGAACUGCAGAUAGAGAUCAGCGAUUUCGAAGCCAAGGCGAAUUACCGUGGAACGUUGGUACUUGUGACAGAUGUUCCAGCUUCCGCAGGUAAAAUCUUGCGUGGGCCACAUCGCAUGCCGCAAUUGGAAGACGUUGGGUUGGAUCGUGCUUGUUUAGCACCGGUCGACAUCUUGGCCGGGCAUCUUGGCUCAGAAACCAAGAGGAAAGUCUGGCAUCGCUAUCCGUUAGGCGUUUUGGGCCUCCGCAUGUACCUCAACUCGGUACUGGACUCCAUCGGCACUGAGAAUGGGAGCUUUACCGCGGAGGACAUCUAUAGGCUAAACGAGGCGAUCUUCAAUCUGCCUGAAGACACACUGGAUGAGGAGACAACUGGCUUGCUCUUCAAGGCCGUGCAAAAGAUCAAAAAGGCCUACUCAGCCGGUAAGUGCGACAAAGAUCCCAACUUCUACUACGACUACGUAGCUCUUCUCUCCACCAUGCAGAAUCAGCAUUUCUUUAGCCAAAAGCAGACGAAGCUGCUGUUGGAUUGGCUCCACGAGGUGGUCAAGGCCCCGUCCGGAGAGGACAAGAAUGCCACAGCCUCCAAGGACGAAGUAUCGGAUACGGACAUUGCCAGACUUGAGGCCGAGAACGCUCGGAUGCUGAAAGAGAUCGAGCAGAUGCGGGUACCGCUGGGUCCGGUUGGCUUUGAAUACUGCACAUUAACUUGGCGUGGAAAGCAACACACUCGCUAG